AUGGCUGUCUCAUCUUCGAGCACACCAGGAAGGUCGCCCUCAGCCGCUGCCUCCAAACCAGACAAGACGAAGAAGCAGACCAAAACAGUCAUAUUGAAGCUGUCGCCCAAGAUACUACGUCGAUUUCAGGAACCUACACCCAAAUCUGAAGAACAAUCUACAGCGUCGGUGGCCUCAUCGCCUGCUCCCGCAGUUGACGACGCAACUAUAGUGAAGGCUCCGGAGAACAAUGACAAUGCUUCAGAGUCCAACUCGACUCCUGCGCCCGCUACCGACUCAGCAAACGGCGAGGCCUCAAAGAAACGCAAGGCCCCCGGGGCGGGAUCGAAGAGAAGUCUGGGACAAAUGAUUGAUACAGCGGAUCUACCCAAACCGCGAGGCAAACCAGGUCCAAAGAAGAAAGCUAGAUUAGAAGAUGGUGCAGCCGACUCUACUGUCAAAAUGUCCGUCCCUGCCUUCGGCCCUAGUGGUCAGAAACUAGGUCCCAAAGCGAACCAGGGUGCUAUCAACGCUGGUCUUCGAAAUCUUGACAGAUCCGGAAAACCCUGUCGCAAGUGGAUUAAGAAGGCAUUUUCCGUGAAGAGCUUCACUGGCGUCAGCUGGGAUCUUCCUUCAUGGAGAGGCAACGAGAGACCAGCAACGCUCAAUGGAGAGGACUCCAGCGAAGCCAAGGACAUUACUCAACAAAGCAGCAGUGACAUCAAGCCUAAUGAGAGUGAUACCGCCAUGGAUAGCAAUGCAGGUGAACAACCUGAUCCCAUGCUCAUGUCUACUCCGGCGGCUAGCUCACCCGCACCAAUGCCACCACCAUCCUCUGUUGUCGCCGCUCAAGGCUAA